CACAGUAUUAUGUUGAAACACUUAUUUUGGAUGUGAUUACUCUUUGCACAAAGCACUAAUAAAAAAAGUUUUUCUACUUUAAAAAAUACCCAAAACGAGCACUGCUAAUUAUAACACUUUUCUUUCUUCAUUUGUAAUAUCUAUCUUGUAAACGGGUCAGAUCAUGCACAUUUUGGCCUGUUUUACAUGCUAUUGUCCAGCAGAUGGAGAUAUUUUUAUUGUUUGUGUUUGAAACUAAUGGUUUUGUGCAUGUCCACUUCUUUCACGGCUAAUAAAUUAUGGAUGCUUCUCAAAAGUUAAUCCCAAGAUGACAAAAUAGCUUACUGGUUCCUUUGCUUAAAGUAAACCAGGGUCUUUACGCUUCGGUGUUUGUAAAGGAGCAUCACAUUUGCAUUUAACAAACGCAGAACAGAUGAAGGAGCAGAUGAUUGGCUAGAAAAGACACUGUUUUGAAUAUGCAUGAGCAGAACCCACGGUGGACGAGUUCCAGCUCGCUUUCUGUCUGUCCUAUAGAAAUCACGAGCCUAAAAUUAGAACACACACACACUACACCAUUAUACAGCACAAACAAGUGGAAAAGUAUUCAAUCCAAUUUAAAGAUGACCAGCUGACCAAUCAUGUAAUAUUCAGACUGUUAGUAUACUUUUGAGACGCUAAACUGCGCAAUAAUGAAUACACAAAUGCACAAUAUGUGCUAAUGCAGUGAAUAUUCCCUCUCCAACACACAUUUCGCUCAUUAUUAUUUAUUAUUGACACUCAAUCUAGAGCUCGAUUUGAUUUGACCGCAGUUGCAGUGCAUGCUGGGUAACACCCGGUGCUUUAGUAUGCAGGCUACUUUACUAUUAUAAACGGGAAAGUCCAUACUUGAGCAGUUUACACUCUUUUGAUCGCUUUUUAUUGUAGUUUUUCCAUCCGUGGGGAAGUAUUAAUUGCUUAUACACUCGUUUAUAUAAGUACACUUAUAUUUUUUAGUAAAACAAUCAGAAAAGGCUGUGUUAUAAUGAAAAGCACAAGGUUAAUCUGUCCAUCUGACCCCGCCUCUGGAGCUUUAAAACCUGACGGACAUCCGCACAGCCGAUGAAAAGCCGGCUUAUCUCCGUCACUGCGACCAAUCAAAACCGGUUCUGCUGGUGAUUGACGGCUCCUCGGCCAAUCAGAGCGCAGUGAUGCCGCGGUGGGCGAGUUCGGUUGCGUUGAAAAUGGUGACAGCUCGCGCGUGCGGAUGAUGGCGGUAAAUAACAGCCGAAAGCGAGCGUAAAAAAAGCACGCAAAUAUAAAUCGCGAUUAAACUAGGCAAGCGCGUUAUACCGGCUGUUACGCGGAGGACUCGCACGGCGGAGCCGUUAAAAAGCCGGUCGGUGGGUUCCGGUGUGAGUUUAUUAUGUGUCUGCGGCUCUUGCUGGUUUUUGUUCUGCGGGUUUAAAGUAACAGAUCUCUCGCGCCGGUAUAAACACACACACAGACACAUUAACACACCGAUCGAGCGCCGGUACCGGAACCUCCCGGAUCCGCAGCUGCCGCGGGUUCCGCGUGUCUCCCGGCGGAGCGUCUUUUGUUCUUGUUUGAUCCGCACGAUGACGACCUAUAUUCUGAAUAGCAGCAGGACGCGUCCGCUCUGAUGCUACAACGCACCAUUUCUCACAGAUGAGCGAGGCCAUGGCGUGUGGUUCCUGACUGCGACUGCACAUGCGUGUUGGGAGGACCCAUGGAUCGCUGUAAGCACGUGGUGCGGUUCCGCCUGGGCCACGGCCACUCCAUCCUCAACCCGCAGAUGUGGCGCUGCGUGGACUGCGAUACCACCGAGUCCGUGUGGGCCUGCCUGAAGUGCACGCACGUAGCCUGCGGACGCUACAUGGAGGAGCACUCACGGAGCCACUACCAGCAGACUCAGCAUCCGCUAGCCAUGGAUGUACGCGAGCUGGAUGUCUUCUGCUUUGCGUGCGGAGAUUACGUGUUGAACGAUAACGUGGAGGGCGAUCUCAAGCUCCUGCGGGGGGCGCUGUCCACCGUCCGCAGCCCUGGCCAGCGUUCCCUGCGUUCGUCAGUGACGGAUGGCGGAUUGAGAGUGUGUGAGAUUACGCGAGACGGCGCGAUGCAGACGGCGUUAUGGCACCGGCGGAAAACUCUUCUCAAAAGCGCACUUCGCUACUGGAUUAGCCGGCAACAGGAAGAGCACAGGAAGCGCGAGGAAAAACAAGAACAGGAGCGAGAGGAAAAACGACGCCAGCGUAAAGAAGUCAAAAAAAGACUGCUAGGAGAAUUAGCCAAUGUGCCGCCUAGAAAAAGUGCGCGAUUGCUAACCCAGGCUCCGCGUCCAACAAUCGCGCUAAUACCACGGAAGUUCCGCGACCCUCCAGAGCGACUUCCUGCAGCGCCCAAACAGUUAUUGACGCUAUCUGCAAAGACUCUUUCGCGGAAACCGCUCCGCCGUACUGCACGCCUGCACCGCUAUCAUGCUUCACAAUCUGCGCGACGCAGGAAACUAGCGCCCGGAGUUACAGGACUGCGCAAUCUCGGGAAUACAUGCUACAUGAACUCCAUCCUACAGGUGCUCAGCCACUUGCAGAAGUUCCGGGAGUGUUUCCUGACGCUGGACCUGUGCGAGACGGAGGAGCUUCUGGCUAAAAGCAACCACCCUCAGGUGGGGGCUCUGUCUGCGGGUGGCGGCGGCGGCGGCGGCGGUGUCCCAUCCAGCCUGCAGUCAGCGGAGCAGAAGGAGCCGCGCUCCUCAUCCCGCCAGCAGGUGUCGCUGUGCCACGAGCUGCACACGCUCUUCAGGGUGAUGUGGUCGGGCCGCUGGUCGCUGGUGUCGCCCUUCGCCAUGCUGCACUCCGUCUGGAACCUGAUCCCUGCUUUUCGCGGGUACGACCAGCAGGACGCGCAGGAGUUCCUGUGCGAGCUCCUGGAUAAAGUGCAGCAGGAACUGGAGUCGGACGCACCCCGCAAACACUUCCUGAUCCCCAUCACACAGCGCAAACUCUCCAAACAGGUCCUCAAAGUGCUCAACACCAUCUUCCACGGACAGCUGCUCAGCCAGGUGACGUGUCUGUCCUGCAAGCGGAAGUCCAACACAGUGGAGCCGUUCUGGGAUUUGUCUCUCGAGUUCCCAGAGCGGUACCACCGCAUGGAGAAGCCCAGCGCCGCCGCCUGCCAGAGGAGCUGCUCGCUGUCCGAGAUGCUGGCCAAGUUCACGGAGACCGAAGCUCUGGAGGGCUGCAUUUACGCCUGUAACUUCUGCAACAGAAAGCGGCGUAAAUCGUCCCACAAGCCGCUGUCACUGUCAGAGGCCUGCAAGCAGCUGCUGAUCUGCAGAUUACCUCAGGUGCUGCGGCUACACCUCAAACGCUUCCGGUGGUCGGGCAGGAACCACAGGGAGAAGAUCGGUGUGCACGUGGCGUUUGAUCAGGUGUUGAACAUCCAGCCGUACUGCAGCUGCUCAGACGCCGCCGCGAGAGAGGCCUACACAUACGACCUGUCUGCGGUCGUGAUGCAUCAUGGGAAGGGCUUUGGCUCAGGGCACUACACAGCCUACUGCUACAACACUGAAGGAGGCUUCUGGGUUCACUGUAAUGACUCUGAGAUGAACGUGUGCAGCGUGGAGGAGGUGUGCAGCACUCAGGCCUACAUCCUCUUCUACACACAGCGCUCCUCCUAGAGCUCUCAAUCUCUCUUGCUGCAUCCCAGUUCUCACACUCGCACUACGUCCUAAAAGUUUGCUGUUUUGUGAAGAGAAAGUACAUACUCUUCGGUGUGUAACAGAAGAGCUUUGGGUCAAACUACUUCCUCAUUAGCGGAGCGUUCUGUUGCUUGGUUAUGAGACCUGAUGAUCAUCUCGACACCUCAUCCACGGUUUCUGUCAUUUAAUUAUUUACAGUUUGUAGAUUCAGCAGCAGGUUAAUCUGGCAUUAGAGAGUCUUUCCUGCAGAGAAAUCUCCUCAGGUGUCACAUAUAUACACAUUCAGGAGUGAAGAGCCCCUUUCACACAGUGAUA